AUGUUUGCACCGGAGGAGUGUAUCCUGUCUGAGGUAGCAAGCUAUCUUAAUUUACCAAACUUUUUAUUCUUUUUUUUUUUUUUUUACACAUUAUAGAAACGGAAACUCCAAUUAAGCCCAGAGCAAUGUAGCAACUUUUAUGCAGACCAAUAUGGAAAAGUGUUUUUUCCUAAUUUAACGGCCUAUAUGAGUUCUGGACCUUUAGUUGCUAUGGUUCUUGCCAGACAUUGUGCAGUCUCAUACUGGAAGGAAUUGCUUGGACCAUCAAACAGCAUAAGAGCCAGGAGAACUCACCCUCACAGCUUAAGAGCAAUCUAUGGGACUGAUGAUCUGAGGAACGCACUUCAUGGCAGUCUCAGCAUUUCCUCAGCAGAAAGAGAAAUUCGGUUCAUGUUUCCAGAAGUGAUCUCCGAGCCAAUUCCGACUGGACAAAGAGCUCGGGAUUACUUGAACCUUUAUGUGAAGCCUACGCUACUGGCUGGGCUCACCGCGCUGUGUAAAGAGAAGCCAGCAGACCCGAUGACUUGGCUUGCUGACUGGUUGAUUGAACACAAUCCUAAUAAACCUAGGCUACAACAUCACAUCACUGAGGAAGAGCAUCAGGGGUGAGAGCUGGAAACCACCUCAAGCAUUCCAAGUUGCAGAUACGCGACGUUGUUUUCAGUGUAUCCCUUGGCUAUGCAAUCAAUGUUAUCUGAAGUUAAUGUUCCUGGCAUAA